AUGCCAAGCGCCACAAGCGCCCUCGCCAUCGCCCGGCUGCGGCGGGUGCUGUCGCAGAGCGCGCGCGCGACGCAAUGGCGGGUGUGUCUAGACCUCUGGGAGCAUCACCGGCUCUCCAUUUGCGCCUCAAGCGCUAUCAGUGCCUGUGGUCGUCGAAGCGACUGGAGGCGUAGCCUGGAGAUCUACGAGGCCUUCGAUCGUGAAGCUCCGCCACCGGUUCGCGACCCUGCGCCUUUGAACGCCCUGCUGGCAGCGCUGGCGACGGGCGCCCAAUGGUCUUUGGGCCUCACCUUGCUGCGCGCCGUUCAGCGGGCGGCACUGGACGUGUGGGGCUGGAAUUCCGCGAUCCACGCCUGCGGCCGGGCGGCUCAGUGGCGCUCGGCCUGGGCGUUGCUGGACGAGCUCCAGCGGCGACGGCUGGCGGAUGCGUCCUCGGUGAAUGCCGCGAUCAGUGCCUGUGACAGGGCAGCAGUGUGGGAGGGAGCUUUGGCGCUCCUGGGCCAGGUUCAUCCCAAGCCCGACGUCGUGGGCUUCAGCGCCGCCAUCGCCGCCUGUGCGAAGCGCGCGGUCUGGCGCCAGGCGCUGCACCUCUGGCGCAGCCAUGCGGCGAACGAAGUCGGUUUUGGAGCCACCAUCACCGCCUGUGGAAGGAGCACGCGAUGGACCUUGGCGCUGCAGCUGUUCACUGACGCCCUCAGCGCUUCCUUGGCCUCCUUGACCUCCUUUGGUGCCGCCGACCGUUGCUUGGCGCUGCUGGCGUCCGCCAUGCGAGAACCGGCAUUGGCGGAUCGGGUCACCUGUGCGGCGGUGGCCGAGGCUUGUGCCUCGGCAGUCGCCUGGGCCACCGCGCUACACUUGGCUUCGCUGGGCCAGCCGCCCGUGGCGCAGAUCGCCGCGCGAGAGGCCCUGGAGCUGGCACAGGUGAGUGUGCAACUGCCCAGGACCCAAGUUUUCGGCCGCCUGGCGUGGCGAAGGUGGCAGGACACUCUGCGGACACCCUCCUCCAGCCAUCCAGAGGAGAUCACCUUAGCCUCGGCGCAGGGGCGUUUGCUCUUAGAGACUCGCCAGAUUGGUGUGGAUGCGGCCUCCUCUGGGGCGAGUCGGAGCGCGAGGUGUUCGACGGCGCCCUUUGCGGGCGACAUCCUUUUGCCUGAACCCUCACGAGAUCAAUUGACGGCGUCAGCCUGGGAUCCCGCCAUGGCCCUGCAGAUCGAGGGAAGGGUCGGUCUCAUGGCAGACAGCGUGCUUACAAACGAGGCGGCCCUCGAGGCCUGUGCUCGUGCUGAAGUACGGUGGCGAGCAUCGGCAGAGCAAGGCUUGGCUCCGGCGUGUGGCUCCGGCCCCUGCCUGCAGACGGACGGAGGUCCUCGAGGACAUCUCGGUUGGAAGAAGGAUGGAUCUUAUCGAGCAUGUUUGAUCGAUGAAACGAAUCCGAUAAGAUAUUAA